AUGGCUACCUCUUCUAAUUUUUUAAAUACAUUGUCGUCGCCGCCAACUGCUAUUGUAAAUGCCUAUAAUAAUCAUAAUCAUAAUCAUAAUCAUCAUCAUCAACAGCAGCAGCAGCAGCAGCAUACAUCAAAUAGAGGAAAUACAUCGUCAGGCAUAAGUAAUAUAAAUCAACAGCAACAAAAACUGUCACAUCGUGAUUCUUCUCCCUCCAUAUCCUCAAAUAAUUUCCAUACAACUCGAGUUACAACAACACCGCCACUAUCAGUCUUUGUCGACAAUGACAGUACCUCACAUCAAAACUUUAAUGUUAAUCAUUUCAACAUAAAUUCACCACCACUUUAUAAUAAUGGUGCAACAGCAAAUAGUGUUUCUACAAGCUCAACGACUGCUGCUAUGGCACAAGCAUUUUAUCGCACCGUACCGUCGACGACACAAGAUCCGUAUUAUUCAUCAUUCAAUCAGAAUUCAACUGCAUUUGAUUGUUCUUUACAUCCACAUCAUGCGCUUUUACACCAUCCAAUUGGUGGCUCAUCUCAUUUUACAACAAAUCCACAUCCUCCUCCUUUUACAGAAAGUUUUAAUCAAUUUUCAAAUCAUCCGACUAUACACAAUCCAUUUGCGGCAACAAUGCAUACUUUAUAUAACCAAAAACAAGAUCCAUUUCAACAUUCACAGCAUAAUAUAUUUCCUUGGAUGAAACGAAACUUACACGGUGGAUGUGAUCCAAGUCUUGGUGAAACAAAACGAACAAGAACAUCUUACUCUCGAUAUCAAACGUUGGAAUUAGAAAAAGAAUUUCACUUUAAUCGAUAUUUAAGUCGUCGUCGUCGAAUUGAAAUUGCCCAUGCAUUGGGUUUAACUGAGCGACAAAUAAAAAUAUGGUUUCAAAAUCGACGAAUGAAAUGGAAAAAAGA